GUGUGUGUGUGUGUGCGAACGUAGGAGCUGCGUAGAGGAAUUCAGGAGGAGGCUCGUGUCUCAGGGAUUGAGGCCCUGCUCCUCUCCACAGCAGUGUCCGGCCUGGAGGACUAUGCCAGAGAGGCCUACGAUGCACAUUCCUUCCCCCAGUAUGUUGACUUCAUCUCCUUGGUGACCUCUGACCUCCAUGGGCCACUGGAGGGAAUGUCAGGUCACAUCAGUCCAUUGUUCAGCCGGAAGCAUCCAGCUAUGGACACACCUCAGAGAGAAGUUCUCACUACAGUUCAGUACAAAUAAAUGACUUCAUAAUUUUAUUCCUGAUGGGUAGAGCUGAUUGAAAUCACUUGGACACCAAGUUUGUUUCUGCUGGUUUUACUUGUCAUGAUUUCCAAAGAACAUGUUAUGUUUGUUAGUCUCUUCUAUUGAUUCUUUAUGCCGUACUGUUUUCCCAGCACCAAGUGCAGUACUGGCUCUCUCAGGGAGUGGAUUCCCAGAAGCUGACUCUGGGGUUCCCUGCCUACUCCCCUGUACCCCGAAUCCUGAGGAACAAGAUAAAUUCUGACAAGGAAGACACAGAGCUACAAGAGGACGCAGCGGAAUAUACUGAGACUGAUACUACUGUACCUGUUAUGGCCUACCAUGAGGUGUGUCAGUACCUCAAAAGUGGGGCGGUGGUGACAUUUGAUAAGAGCAAGAAGCUGAUACAGGCACAUGAAUACGACCACUGGCUGAACUUUGAAUAUAUACAUAUCCUGAGGGAGAAGAUGAGAGCGCUGCAGCGUCAGGAGCUGGGUGGAGCCAUGGUGUGGUCUCUGGAUCGGGACGACUUCACGGGGACGUUGUGUGGCAAAGGUCGCUUCCCGUUCACCAGACUGCUCAAAGGUCGCUUCCCGUUCACCAGACUGCUCAAAGGUCGCUUCCCGUUCACCAGACUGCUCAAAGGUCGCUUCCCGUUCACCAGACUGCUCAAAGGUCGCUUCCCGUUCACCAGACUGCUCAAAGGUCGCUUCCCGUUCAACAGACUGCUCAAAGGUCGCUUCCCGUUCAACAGACUGCUCAAAGGUCACUUCCCGUUCACCAGACUGCUCAAAGGUCGCUUCCCGUUCACCAGACUGCUCAAAGGUCACUUCCCGUUCACCAGACUGCUCAAAGGUCGCUUCCCGUUCACCAGACUGCUCAAAGGUCGCUUCCCGUUCACCAGACUGCUCAAAGCGUCGCUUCUCAGGGAUAAGGGGCCACGACAUCAUGAACGCCACCACCGCUCACGCCACCGUCAUCACCAUCGCCAUCCACAUCGUCAUGGUGGUUUCCUUUCCCGUGACAGCCAUCGCACUGGUUACCAUUUCCAUUGUCACCGUCACCUUGACCGUCACAACAUUUAA